UGGCCAAGUCCUCCUGAGCAAGCGAGUGGUGGCUGGCCCGGCAGCCUGGGCUUGGGCCUCCUCCAGGUCUCGCCCGGCAGCGGGGCGGUGCGCCUGGGAGCCUAUAAGGGCCUCGCCCCCGCCUGGCUGCUCACUCGGCCCCGGCCCGCAGCGCAGCCCCCUCCACAGAGUCCUCUGUGCCCGCGCCCCACCGCUCAGCCAUGGAGGCCAUCAAGAAGAAGAUGCAGAUGCUGAAGCUGGACAAGGAGAACGCCAUUGACCGGGCGGAGCAGGCCGAGUCGGAUAAGAAAGCCGCUGAGGAGAAGUGCAAGCAGGUGGAAGAGGAGCUGACACACCUCCAGAAGAAGCUGAAGGGGACGGAGGACGAGCUGGAUAAAUACUCCGAGAAUCUGAAAGACGCCCAGGAGAAGCUGGAGCUGACGGAGAAGAAAGCCUCCGACGUACGUGCGCAGUAAUGGGGGCGCCCGCGGCUGGGCCAGGCGGGAGCCCCGG